AUGGCCGAGCGGCGAGUGCAUCGCGUUGGUCUCUUCCUUCCUUAUCUACCUCCUCCUACCUCGCCUCCAUCUCUAUACCCAUCUACCCCAGGACCACUCCUCACGACAGCCAUGUCACGGAAAACACCAUGGACUAAAGGCCCCUCCUCUCUCCCCUCCGAUCGAUUACCCCCGCGCUCCUCCACGCCCAAAUCAUCAUCCACCAAAUCGAAUUCGAAAGGGAAGGGUCCGCAGGAAAGGGAGGAGCCCAAGAGUGCGGAGGUUAGGAGGUUGGAGCGUCAGAUCCAGAAAUUGAGGGCUGCGUCGUUGGUAGAUCCUGAUCCUAAAGGCGGGUGUUUCUGUCGAGCCAGAACCCACCCACUCUCUCCGUACACGCCCAUAUGCAAAGCAUGUGGAUUAGUUCUGUGUAGCAUAAACGCACCGCAACACCCGUGCCCACACUGCCUCACCCCCCUCCUCGACGCCACCACGCGGGACGACCUCGUCCUCCGCCUCACCGCCGACCUCUCGCACACCAUCGCCCGCGAAAUCGAAGCACGCGAAAGGGCGAUAGAGGAAGCGCGUCGGGCUGCUGGGUCGUUCCCUACUCUCUCUGGCGCUCCUCCUCCUCCCUCGUCUUCGUCCGCUGGAGGGAUCCCACCACCACAUCCUAUGGCGUCGCAUAAAGUCUUGUCACUAACGGGAAAGAACAACCGUGUCAUCGUAUCGUCGUAUACUCCAAAGCCCAAGGUCACUCCUCCCUCGGCGGGGCAGGGGAAGGAUGGAGAGGAAGAGGAGAACGUCGUUCGUACCCCACCGCCGCCUGAUGAACCGCCGUAUGCGCGGAGAAAGCCAGGUCCCGACCGUCCGUUUGAGAAUAUGCUUGGUGGAGGAGGGAUAUACGUUCCACCGCCGUUACCUGAGCCUUCAAAGGAGGAUGCGAAGCGGGGUGGAGGAAGCGGCGAGGGAGGAAGGGGUGGUGGGAGGAGAAAGAAGGGUAAAGGCAAGGAGAAAGAGAAGGAGAAUGCGGGUGCGUUAUCGGAGGUUUGA